AUGUCUGACAAGCUACAAAAAACCAUCGCCAGAUUCCAACAGAGAAUCGACAACAAGGACUUUUAUGAGGCCCACCAGACCCUCAGAACCAUCACAAACAGAUACGUCAAAUCCAAGCAGUACACCAAUGCCAUUGACUUGUUGUACCAGGGACUGACGAUAUUGGCAAAGAACAAGGAGUACGCUUCAGCUGGCGAUCUUAUCGUGUACUUGAUUUCUGUUUACGAGGAGAGUGCCACGCCAUGUACCAAGGAGACGAAAAACAAGAUCAUUGAGUUGAUCUCCUUGCUUCCAGACACAGACCCAGCUUUGGGCGAUUUGUCCAAACGUGCUCUACAGUGGUCCAUCGACUACGCCGAAACGAAGCUGAUUUUCGGCGAUUCCAGUUUGCAUCACGUAUUUGGCGUUAAGUUGCUUCACGCCGCUGCAUCCCAGCUUUCUGAGGAAGACAAGCACAAGUUCUUCUCUGUGGCCGAGUUACACCUUGUAUUGGGCACCUACGAGUCCUUGCCUGUUUACAUUGACUUCUUGUACAAGUGGUUCGAAACGCUGGGUGGCGAUCCUGGCAUCUACUUGAGCAGAGCCGUUGUCAAUUACGCAUAUCUAAAGAAUGUGAAGUUUGUUCACACAGCAGUGAAUCUCUUCCUCGCUCGGUACCUUGGUGCGGAGAAGGAGAAGGUCGAGGUGCUAGAGGAGGAAGGCCAAAAGUUGUUCUUCUUUGAGAGCUCCAAACUUUUGAACUUCUUGCAGUUGUUGGCUGCCACCCUCGACAAGUCCGACGCUGGCGACAAGUUCAUGAAGUUGUACGGCAACUAUAAACCAUUGAUCAGCCAGCUGGGUCUUGUUAACCCUGUCGACUAUCUUGGUCGCUUCUACUUCAACUUGAACUUGGGCAACACCUCAGGCGGAGGAAACAUGCUCGCCAACAUGAUGGGCAGUUUUUUCAAAUAA